AUGGCCACCGCUAUCAGUGCGGCAGUGUGGGCACUGCGCAAGGCGCUGGCUCCCGUUACGGAUGACUUUCUCAAGGAUUGGGCGGCCAGCGACAGUCUCGGCCCCAACAUCACCGCCCUCAAGAUGGAGCUGCUGCGCGCACAGGGGAUCCUCUAUAACGCGCAUGACAGGGAGAUCACCAACCCUGCGCUCCAGGACCUGUUGCACAUGUUGCGGCAGCUGGCGGACGGGGCCGAAGACGUGCUUGAUGAACUGGACUACUUCCGCAUCCAGGACAAGCUCGACAGCACCUACCAUGCAGCUGAUAAGCAUGCCGGUGGCUGCACCCAUGGCCUCGCUCUGAACGCGCGGCACACUGCCAGAGCUGUUGCCAACAAAUUCAAGUUCUCCUCGGGCGGCAACAAGCAGACACCAAAAUUGAAGUUUGAUCGUGUGGAUAUGUCUAAAAGGAUGGCAGACAUUGUACAGCAGCUGGAUCCUAUAUGUGCUAAGGUGAAGGAAAUCCUUGAUCUAGAGCUUCGGAACCUCAAACCUGCCUAA